CUCCAACCGAUGAACCAACCCUAUCUCGUGCGCGCCGCCCUUCGUAUAAAACUGCAGCGUCACUUUCCUCCCCGUGGUUCCGGCGGCGGCGCGCUAGCGAUCUUGAGAGGGGCGGAAGCAGAAGGACGCGCCGGUCACAUCGCUUCGCCCCCGCCAUGUCGAAGAGGAAGACCAGGGAGCCCAAGGAGGAGACUGUAACUCUUGGACCCACUGUCCGUGAAGGGGAGCAUGUCUUCGGAGUAGCUCAUGUCUUUGCAUCCUUCAAUGACACAUUCAUCCAUGUCACUGAUUUGUCUGGGAGGGAGACACUUGUUCGUAUCACUGGUGGCAUGAAGGUCAAAGCUGAUCGUGACGAAUCAUCUCCAUAUGCCGCUAUGCUUGCUUCUCAGGAUGUGGCCCAGCGUUGCAAGGAGCUUGGUAUUACUGCUUUGCACAUUAAGCUCCGCGCCACUGGGGGCAACAAGACCAAGACACCUGGACCUGGUGCUCAGUCUGCUCUCAGGGCACUCGCUCGAUCUGGCAUGAAAAUCGGACGCAUUGAGGAUGUGACCCCGGUUCCCACUGACAGCACUCGCAGAAAGGGUGGCAGGAGAGGAAGGAGGCUGUAGAUGUUUUUUUUUCCUGUCAUUUUUGUGGAGAAUCCUCUAUUUAAAUAUUCUUAUAUAGCUUAAAUGUUCCGGUGAAGCUUGGGUUUUGUUUUGCUCAGUGUUCUGGAUUAUUGACUGUCUGCCAAUUUGGCGAUUCUUUUGGUUAAGAAAAUUUUGCUCACAAUCAAUCUCAAGUCUAUUAAUUAUGCUUUCGUUU